UUUAUGUAACAUCUAAUAUCCAAUAUUAUGGUACUUAUAUAUUAUAUAUAUAUAUAUAUAUAUAUAUAUAUAAUAUAUAUAUAAUAUAUAUAUAUAUAUAUAUUAAAAUAUAGAUUAUACAUAUAUAUUAAACUAUUUAUAUAUAGUGCAAUCUUCAUUUUCAGUAUUUGAUUAUCACAACGUUGCUACAUUGUUCAAGUUUUAGACUGAUUAUUAAACAUUGUCAUAAAUAUAUGACUUGCAUGGUUCUUUUUAUAAAACUUCACAAGUCAUUUUUAUAAUAUGCAUAUGCAACAUUAUUAUAAGAAUUAAAAAAAUGUUACAUUAAUAUAAAAAGCAGAAACGAAACAGAAUUAAUCACACUUUUAAUCAUAGAAAAUAGUCAAAUGUUAGUGAAUAUUUUUCUUUGAUUAUCUUUGAUAUACAUUCCCUUUCACGUUUUAACUUAUAUAAACGAAUGAAAAAUUGUUCUGAUAAAGAAUACAAAAAAAACUGACACACUAUUUAGUGUUGAAGUUUGUUAAAUAAGAAAAUUAAAGUACAGUUAAUAUUAUGGGAAAUUAUGCUCAAAUCAAUUUAUGCAUUAUUGAUAAAUUAUGAAUAUAUAUAUAUAUAUAUAUAUAUAUAUAUAUAUAUAUAUAUAUAUAUAUAUAUUUGGUAUAUUAUCAAAGAUGAAAUAAAUUCAUAAACUAAUUCCCAAAUUUUUUCAUAUCAAAAUUGUGUAAUUGUUGAAAAAUAAAGGAAAUGAAAGCACUGCAUUUUAUAUGACAAAAAAAAAAGAUCGUACGUUAUAUUUAAAAAUAUAUUUAAAGAAGAAAAAGAAGAAAAGAAAACAAGGCAAUAUGAUCUCUGUCGUUAUCUGCUAAUUAUAAUCUUGUGCUGGAUAAAUUUCCUUUUAAUAAAACUGAUUAUGAUUCUUAAACUAUAUUUGACAUUCUAUCUAAUGCUUUAUUUACCACGAAAUAUAAAAAACUAUUAUAUUAAUAGAAACUUCAAAAAAUUAAAAUCUUAAUUUCUAACUUAAUUGUAUAAUUUUAAUUAUAAUUAGUUUUUUAUAUAUAAAUUUAGUCAUUAAAAUAUUUAAUGACUUAAUAUAUUUAAUAUAUUUAAAUAUUAAUUUUAAUAUUAUAUAUAAGAUAUACAAUUCCGUAUAAUGCUGUCUAUUAAUAUAAUUAGAAUACAAAUUGCUAUAAAAUCGAUAUAUGCAUAUAAACUAUGACAAACAAUUGAUAUAAUUUAAAUAUGAUUCGAUAGGAUUAUGUAUUACAUUCAAUUAACAAUUAAUUUUAACGAAAUCUCUAAUAAUUUAAAUAUAUAAAGAAAAUUUCUUUAAACACGAUAUACAUACGUGGAGUUUUGCAUACUUUUAGAAAGAAAGAGAGAUGUAACGUGAUCAGUUGCCAGGACGACGGUUUAUAACAACAAAACAUUUCUCUAAUUUAACUAGUUAUUUCUAAAUAAAAUAGUUCAAAAUCUUUGAAGAAGAGAAAAAAAUAGAACAUAAUGAAAGAGAAUAUUAAAUUCAUUGUAACAGAAGUGAACAAAUUAUUGGGACGUAAUUAUAAUGUGAUUUAUUUCAAUUCUCUAAGUUCAGAAGAAUUGCUUCAAUUGCAUUGUAGGUAUUGAAGGAGUUGUUGAUUAAAAUACAGAAUCAAAAUAUUGAUGGUAAUAUUAGUAUAAAAAAUGAGACUUCUGAAGAAAUUUCCAUUUAUAUAUUAUCUAUUUUGCGUAUAUUUCAUUAUCAACCACGAAUAGAUCCUGUGAGCUUUAGGCAAGUUUUUUAUUUCAUUUUAAGUACUUCGUUACGAAUUGAUUGUACUUAUUUUUGUAUGGAUAGACAAGGUCUGGUUCAUGGAGAUUCUGAUAUUAUUCAUCCUAUUUUUACCUGGCUUCUAUCUCAUAUAGAUGUAGUUCAAAAAAGAGCUUAUUUAUCACGCUUUUUAGUGAAGAUAGAAGUUCCUAGCGAAUAUUUAAGCGAUCCAGAAGUUUUCGCUUUUUAUGAACAAUACAUGACUUUGAUUGAUAGAUUUAAAACAGUGCAUAAAGAAAGAGAAAUAGGAAAGAAGAAUUAUGAGAAUGCUAGUGAGCUUACUACUGAUUUAAAAACAAUGGAAAAAGAAAAAGAAGCAGUAAUUAUACGUAUCGAAAAGAUGAGAAUGAAAGCUGAAACUGGAAUACAUUUAUUGAAUGUUGCCCGAGCUUUGCGAAUAGAAAAAGACAAAGAACGUGAUUUAGUACUGCAAGAAGAGCAAGAAAAAGAAAUAAUAUCUAGAUUACAAUCUAACUUACAAAGAUUGGAAAGAGAAUUACAAACCUUAAAAAAAGAUGAAAAUGAAAUUACAGUUCAAACAUUAUUGCAACAUUUAUCUGAAGUAAUUACUGUUCAAACUGUAGUUAUGAAUGAAAAAUUACCGGCAGAAAUACAUGCACAGACAAAUCGUAUAAAAGCCUUGAACACAGUAAAACAGUAUUCGUAUUUAAAUCCAGAUCAAAUAACGGGUCUACGAAAUAACUUGGAUAGUAUAGCCAAAGAAAUUCAGAAUUUAAUAGAAUUAAAGAUUACAAAAAAUAACAUUGAUAAAAUAGAACCAUUUCGACAACAAGCAGCUGCAGUUGCAAAUAUAAAAAGAAAUGUUCUUGAAAAAUUAGAAAAGACAGCGAAUUCUUUGCAAGAAUUGCAGACAAAAUUAGAAGAAAAACGCGAACUAUCAAAAUUGAUAGUAGAAGACAUCAUUCCUAAAGGAGAAGAUUUAAAAAAAUAUAUAAAUCGUUUAAAAACUAGAGGAACACUUUAUAAACAUUGUAAAUCUGAACUGACAUGGUUUAAUGCGGAGAACAGUAUAUUAUAUCGAACAGCCGCCAUCUUAGAAAAUCAGUAUAAUCAAUGCAACCAGGCGAAAGAAAGAUUGGAAACGGUUAAGAAAAAUACUCCAAAUAAUUUCACAGAAGAGAAUGCAUCUUCGAUGAAUCUUCAAUUAUGUCGAGAUAUAAGCACCUUUAAAGCAAAAUUAAUCCCAUUGAUAAAUGAAGUGCAGACAUUAAGAGAAAAAUAUCAUGAAUUUGAACAACAACAAGAGAAAACGAAAAAAGCACAAGACCAAGUAAAAUCGAGUAUGAAUAUCUUAAUAAAUAAUUUACAAUCUGAGUUGGAAAGUAAAAAAACAAAAUUAACGAAGGAUAUUGAAGAGAAAGAAGAAUUACUAAAACUCAUAGCUAAAAUGAAGAUUAUAGAAGAAAGAAUAAAACGGGACAUAAAAGAUUCUACAAUUUCUAAUCCUGGUAAAAAGAUAAGAGAAGAAUUAAAUUUCAUUAUUCAAGCAGAAGAAGCAAAGAUAAAAAAUUUAAUAAUGGAAAAAGAACAUAUAAAAAAAAUUAACUCGGUAAAUGAAAAACAAACACAGAUGUGGAAUAGUAUAUUAUCAGUAUUUAAAUAUAAAAUUAAAUACGCUGAGGAAAGUAAAGUAUCAAAUGGAAUCAUCGUACGACGAGGAGGAACAGAAACUUUAAUUUUACAAUAAUAUUUAUUAUAUAUACAUAACAAAGGUGUGAAACAACUGGGCCAAACCAAUAAUGCAUCUCCUAUACAACUGAAUAUUAAUCCUGUCAAUAUUCGUCUCGAAAAGGUAUAUCUGAAAAUAAUACGAUUUAUUUGUAUUUUUAAAUAUUAAAUUCUAUUCUAAGAUAAAUAGUAAUUUCUAAUAUUGGAUUGAAUAACGAUAAUAUAGAAUAAGUUUUAUAGUGACAUUGAUUCUAUGUUAAAAAAUAUAUUUGAUAAUAUACGUUUAUCGCUAAAUAUAAUUAUUGAUAUAUUUUAUUAUAUAUAUUAUAUUAUAAAAAAAAUAAGAUGACUUAUAUGUAUAUAUAGUUAUAUAUGAUUAUAAAAUAAUUAUAUUUAUUAUUAUUUUAGAAAUAAUUUUCUUUUAAUAUUACUUAAAAAAAAUUAUUAAUUUUGAAAUUUAUUAAAAAAAAUAAUUUUGAAAAAUUUGUUCUAUUAUAGUUUUUUAUUAUAUAAUAUAUAAUAAAAAAAAUAUGUAUAAUACUUCAAAUAAUUUUGUUUUGAAAAUUUUUUUGAUAGAAGAGAAAGAUGUAUUUAAAUUAUUUAUUCUUACUCUAUGUAUGAAAUUAAAUGAAAUAAUAAUUCGAUAUUAGCGGAUAAAUAUUAAUAUUAUUGAAGAUAUCACUUCCAUCAUAACAGGAAUAGAUAUAUUUUAUUUGAAAUAAAUUUCAUAUAAUGAUAUUAUAUAGUAAAUAGUAUCCAGCUUUUAUAGUUUAAGAUUGUAAACAAAAGAAGCUUAGAAGCAAUGAAAAAAUAUUCUUGCUUACACUUACAUUUUCAGAUUUAAAUAUAAUACUUGAAGAAUAAUAGAAAUAAUUAAUAUUGUCAAUUAUAAAGUAAAAGCGUGACGUAAAAGGAUUGAUACAUGCAAAAUAUUUUCACACUUACUCCUGCGAUAAAUUAAUUCCAUGUAGCAGAACAAAAACGAUAAGACUUAUAAUUGGUAAACAUUUGAAACAUGCCGUCAGUAGGGACGGCUGCUCAGCCAGUAAUAUAAAAUAUACAGACACACUUUUAAAGAACGGGACUAACUUUGGACCAAUACUUUUUAACUGGAACAGAUAAAAUGAAAUUCAGAUCGAAUUCGUUGGUUAUGAUUAAAUGUAAUUGAAGUAGUCUAUAUAUGCUAAAAUAUGUUGGAAUUGUAUGUAUUAACUAUUUGGUUUCAUAAUGCAAGUUGUAAAUUAAUAUCAAAAUUAGAUCUAUAUAAGAUCGAUAUAAGAAUUCAGUAUACCGUUUUCCAAUGAACAAAAUCUGAUAAAGAUUUUAGUUAAUGUAAGUUGUUUGAAACUGAUGUGCAGUUUCAUGAAAUAACAGUUGAUAUGUAUAUCGCAAUAUAUUUCAGUGUGCGUAACUCGUUAACACUUUUCUUUUAAUUCAAAUAUAUUGAUGUUAAUAAUCAUUCAACAUAUUCGAAAACUUUAAUUAUAAAUUGUUUCUUUAUUUAGAACUUAAAAUUUGAAAUCAAUCUGUAUAUAUUUUUUUUUAUUUCAUUUUCGCUGAUAUUAACUAUUUCUUAGAAAUAACUUUUUAAAUAAUAAAAAUAUGAAUUUAUUUUCAAAAUGAUAUAUUAUUGAUUAUAUUUAACAAAUAAUAUUGAAUGCAUAUAAUAUCAUCAAUUUUUAAUAAAUAAUAAUUAUGAAUUAA